AUGUCGGAAAGCCGCUUGCUGCGUUUUGCUCUGACUCAGUCGCCGUGGUACAGACGCAACCUGGUGCUAUCCCAGGCGAUGAUCGAGGACGAGACCCCUUCCAUCUACGAGAGCCACAGCUUCUUCCCCGAGUCGUCUUCGUACACGAUAAUUUCGUUGAAACAAGGCCAAGGAUUUGUCUUCAAUCAGGACUUGUUUGCCACGCCGUACCAGCAGCUGAGGGCUUUGGCGGUGGAAAGGAAAGUGAGGGCGUAUAGCAUGUCUCAGGCUAAGGGGUCCAAGUGCAGCAGCCCUAGCGGGAAGCGUGGAAGGAGCGCAAGAAGACACACAUCGUAUGAGGUGAGGCCGAACUUUCGGGCUCGACCUUCGGCUAAGUACGACUCGGCUAUUGAAGACGAUUCGAUGGAUGUGGAUUCCGAGAAGGAGAAGGAUGCUGUGCGGAAGUUGCCCCUGGAGGAGCUGGAAGAGGAAGAUGACGCCGAAUCUCUUGACGAGGAACAGGAUGAAGAUGAGGAUGAAGAUGAGGACUCAGCUAUUGAGUACGAAGAUGAGGACGACGACGAUGUUGCAGGCGGCAUCGCUGAGGGGUACAUGAGAAACUACGGGAAGGUUAAGGUGGCCGAAAUCGUGGUGGAUCCCAACGAUAAGAGCUAUCUCCCAGGAGAGGAUGAUGACGACGAGCUGGCCAGCGAGAAUGAGAUGAGCUAG